GCGCUUUUUAAAAGUGCAGCCCCGAGGCCAGCCAGCAGCCGCCGGCACCUUGGUCCGAAACCUGAUCCCGUCAGUGCCGGCUGCGCGCCCCCGUCCCACACGAGUCCGGCCCAGGCCAGUCUAACCCGCACCAUGCCGGUCAAAGGAGGCACCAAGUGCAUCAAAUACCUACUCUUCGGAUUUAACUUCAUCUUCUGGCUUGCCGGGAUAGCAGUCCUUGCCAUUGGGCUAUGGCUCCGAUUCGACUCUCAGACCAAGAGCAUCUUUGAGCAAGAAAAUAACCACUCCAGCUUCUACACAGGAGUCUAUAUUCUCAUCGGAGCAGGUGCCCUCAUGACGCUGGUGGGUUUCCUGGGCUGCUGUGGGGCCGUGCAGGAGUCCCAGUGCAUGCUGGGCUUGUUCUUCACCUUCCUCUUGGUGAUAUUUGCCAUUGAAGUCGCAGCGGCCGUCUGGGGCUAUUCCCAUAAAGAUGAGGUGAUAAAGGAAGUCCAGGAAUUCUACAAGGACACGUACAACAAGCUCAAAGAGGGCAAGGACGAGCUCCAGCGGGAAACACUGAAAGCCAUCCACACCGCGUUGGACUGCUGUGGUUUGGCUGGAGGAGUGGAACAAUUUAUCUCAGACAUCUGCCCCAAAAAGGACGUACUCUCAACUAUAACGCUGAAGCCCUGCCCUGAGGCCAUUAGAGAUGUCUUCGAGAACAAGUUCCACAUCAUUGGCGCCGUGGGCAUCGGGAUUGCCGUGGUGAUGGUCUUUGGCAUGAUCUUCAGUAUGGUUCUGUGCUGUGCAAUCCGCAGGAACCGAGAGAUGGUCUAGAGUCGGCCUGCAGCCCUGAGCAGGAAGGUCUGCCCCUGAGGAUUGUUGGCUCUCUCCUUAGGGUUUUAUUUUUGGUCUUUUGCCACUAACUUUAGUAUUCAUUCCGCAUUUCUAAAACAAAAAAAAAGUUAUUUGGUUUGUCUUUUUAAUGCUUUAUUCAAUAUGGAUAUUUGUAGUUGAGAGAUUUGGGGAUUUGGUUUGCUUUGGUUUAUAUUCUUUUGGUUGGCUGUGUUUGCUUAUUAUGUUAAGCAGAAAUCCUGCCAUGAAAGGUACUAUAUUUGCUAGACUCUAGACAAAAGAUAUUGUACAUAAAGAGAUUUUUUUUCUUUAAAUAGAUUUUUUUAAAGUCUAUCAAAAUCAGGUUGUAAUUUAUGUUAAAGACAAUUUGAUACAUAAUAAAAGAUUAUGACAACA